GGUUUUUAUUUAUAUAUAAGGUUUAUCAAACGUUACAUGAAAGCGAAAAAGCAUUUUACAUGACAGGAGACGAGACAAGUAUCAUGGGAGUGUCCCUAAUAAUAUAAUGCGCCCACGUUGCAGAAUAAUAAAAGCACGUGUGAUUUACUUAAAUGAGUUUCCAAAUAGCGGCUGCGACUCCGUAGUCAACUCUCUCACCAACCAUAAUGACUGCCCGCUUGGUCGGAGAAUGGAAAACUCGGUCAUUGAUUCUUUGUUCAACCAUUAUAAAUUCAGAUCAUCGUCUCCUCCGAUUCUGCACCCAAAUCAAGAAUCUUUAAUCGAAAUCGAAAAAAAUAAACAUGGCUUCCUCUGUUUCUUGUCAUCUCUCGAUUUCACUACACCCACACCGCAAAUCCUCCACCGCGAAAGCCUCGCCGCCGGCGAGAUCCCCGGCGAUCCGAGUCUCGAAGACCCGUUUAAUCACCGCCUCGGUUUCACAGUCAACAGAUCUCGUGGUGACGAAUCAACCCGGAUCGAAACCCGAGCCGACCCGGAUCCGGGAAGUGCCCGGAGAUUACGGUUUGCCGAUCUUCGGACCGAUCAAGGACCGGUUGGAUUACUUCUACAACCAAGGGGCCGAGGAAUUCUUCAAAUCUCGAAUGCGGAAGCACAACUCCACGGUGUUUCGGGUCAAUAUGCCGCCAGGGAGUUUCAUCGCGGAAAACCCAAACGUCGUGGCGUUGCUGGACGGCAAAAGCUUCCCUGUCUUGUUCGAUACGGACAAAGUCGAGAAGAAGAAUCUGUUCACCGGAACUUACAUGCCGUCGACAGAACUCACCGGAGGCUACAGAGUUCUGUCGUAUCUCGACCCGUCGGAGCCGAAGCACGCCAUGCUCAAGAACUUGAUCUUCUUCGUCCUGAAAUCGUCUCGUCAUAGGAUUUUCCCCGAGUUUCGUGCGACUUACUCGAACCUCUUCGACGAACUGGAGAAAGAACUCGCCGGAAAGGGCAAGGCGGACUUCUCCGGCACCGGAGAGACAGCUGCUUUCGAGUUCCUCGCACGAGCGAUGUACGGGAAGAAUCCAAAGGAGACGAGUCUCGGAGUCGACGCACCGGGUCUGAUCUCGAAGUGGGUCUUCUUCAAUCUCCAUCCACUGUUGUCGAUCGGUCUUCCGAAGCUUCUAGAAGAUUCACUCCUCCACUCGUUCCGUCUCCCUCCGUCGCUCGUCAAGUCCGAUUACCAGAGACUCUACGACUUCUUCGCCCAAUACUCCGGCGAAAUCCUCGCGGAGGCGGAGAAGUUGGGGAUCUCGCGAGACGAAGCAAUCCACAACCUCCUCUUCGCCACAUGCUUCAACACCUGGGGAGGGAUGAAAAUACUCUUCUCCAACCUCAUGAAACAGAUCGGACGCGCCGGGACCCGGCUCCAGACCCGAUUAGCCUCCGAAAUCAGAUCCGAGAUCGCAUCCAACGGCGGAGAUCUGACAAUGGCGAUGAUCGAGCGUAUGGAACUCACCAAAUCCGUCGUCUACGAGUGUCUACGCAUCGAGCCGCCGGUGUCGGCGCAGUACGGACGAGCGAAGCGAGAUCUGGUGGUCGAGAGCCACGACGGCGCGUUCAGGGUACGCGCCGGCGAGAUGCUGUUCGGGUACCAGCCGUUUGCGACGAAGGACCCGAGGAUCUUCGAUCGAGCGGAGGAGUUCGUACCGGAGAGGUUCGUUGGACCGGAAGGGGAGAGGCUGCUGAGGCACGUGGUGUGGUCGAACGGGCCGGAGACGGAGGCGGCGACGGCGGAGAACAAGCAGUGCGCCGGGAAGGAUUUCGUGGUUCUGGUAGCGAGGUUGUUUCUUAUCGAGUUUUUCCGGCGAUACGAUUCGUUCGACAUCGAGGUCGGCUCGUCGGCAAUCGGGAACUCCAUUACUGUGACUUCGUUGAGGAAGGCGAGUUUUUGAGGGCGAGGGUAAAAUCGGAAAUUAGUAUUAGCUUUCCCGUGUCUGGAUCUGAGGGUGGGCUUGGGCUUUUAUUACGGGCCGAAAUUGAAAAAUCUAUAUGUUUCCAGAUAAUUUAUAGUCUGUUCGACGCUUUUAAAGUA